AUGACAUCUGUCACUCUAAAGGGUUCGAAACCGGCAGUUCCAGAGACGGUAUUGAAAAAAAGGAAGUCGAAGGCCAAUAGACACCAGAAAAAUGCGCUUGCAAAGGCGAACCGAAUUAAGAAAGGAAGGGAGAAAAAAAUCAAGAUUUUCAAGCGAGCUGAGUCAUAUGUUAAAGCAUAUCGGCAGAAGAUGAGGAGAGAGAUACAAUUGAAGCGAGAAGCAAAGCGAGUAGGAAACUUUUACGUUCCGGACGAACCAAAGCUCGCAUUUGUAAUAAGGAUUCGUGGUGUGAAUCAAAUUCAUCCUCGGCCGAGAAAAGUCUUGCAGUUGUUUCGACUUCGUCAAAUUAACAAUGGUGUUUUUGUGAAGUUGAAUAAGGCUACCUUACAAAUGUUGCGCAUUAUCGAUCCUUACGUUGCUUGGGGCUACCCUAAUUUGAAAACUGUACAUGACCUCGUUUACAAACGAGGUUUCAUCAAGUACAAUAAGAGGCGAGUCCCAAUAACGAGUAAUGCGUUGAUUGAAAAGUGCUUAGGAACGUCAGACGUCAUUUGUAUAGAAGAUAUGGUCCAUGAGAUUUACAGUGUCGGACCUAAUUUCAAGAAGGUGACGAACUUACUUUGGCCGUUCAAACUGAACAACCCGACGGGUGGUUGGACUAAGAAGACCAAUCAUUUUGUUGAGGGAGGUGAUUUUGGUAAUCGCGAAGACCAAAUCAAUAAACUCUUGCGAAAAAUGAUAUAA